CUUUUGCUUGAUCGGAUUUCUCGAGUUGCCAGGCGCAGAUCCGAAACCAGCAAGGGAAUCUAUACAAAUGCUGUCUCUCAUUUCUCACAGUUGAUAAUUACCUAUCUGUAUAUCCCCUUCUCGCGACCAUAACCUCUCCUUUUUGAUUGGUGCCGCGACUACACACUCUCUCAACUCAACAAACACAACAAUCGCCUCGGCUUUUGCUGUCGCAGAUAGAUCGCCAUGCCUCCGAAAUCAAGAUUUACAAGGCUUGACGCCUUUACCAAGACUGUCGAUGAAGCGCGAAUUCGAACGACCAGCGGUGGUGUCGUCACCAUCGUGUCGCUGCUGGUGGUCCUGUUCCUGUCUUGGGGCGAAUGGGCAGACUACCGUCGCAUCGAUAUACAUCCUGAGUUGAUUGUGGACAAGGGAAGAGGCGAGCGCAUGGAGAUUCACCUCAACAUCACCUUUCCCAAGAUGCCCUGCGAGCUCUUGUCGCUUGAUGUCAUGGAUGUCUCUGGCGAGCAGCAGCACGGUGUUAUGCAUGGUGUCAACAAAGUCCGUCUCCAGCCCGAGAGCCAGGGAGGCGCCGUUAUCGAUACCAAGUCCCUAUCGCUCCACGAUGAUGCCGCCCAUCACCUCGAUCCCUCAUACUGUGGUGGCUGCUACGGUGCUACACCUCCCGCCAACGCUCAAAAGGCAGGCUGUUGUCAGACUUGUGACGAAGUCCGUGAAGCCUAUGCCCAGGCCUCGUGGGCCUUUGGCCGCGGCGAGGGUGUUGAGCAGUGUGAGCGUGAGCACUAUGGUGAGAAGUUGGAUGCGCAACGUAGCGAGGGCUGCCGUAUUGAGGGAGGCCUGCGCGUAAACAAGGUCAUUGGUAACUUCCAUUUCGCUCCCGGAAGAAGUUUCAGCAGCGGCAACAUGCACGUUCACGAUCUUAAGAACUACUGGGACGUACCCAAGGGUUUCUCCCACGACUUCACCCACAUCGUCCACUCCCUCCGCUUCGGUCCUCAACUCCCCGACCACAUUGCCCGCAAGGUUGGCCACAAGAACACGCUCUGGACUAACCACCACCAGAACCCUCUCGACGACACUCGCCAGGAGACCCACGACCCCAACUACAACUUCAUGUACUUUGUCAAGAUCGUGCCGACUUCAUAUCUCCCUCUUGGCUGGGACAAGAAGGGCAUCAAGAUCGCUGGUCUCCUGCAGGAAGACAACGCUGGCCUCGGAGCUUACGGCUAUGGCGAGGAUGGCAGUGUCGAGACUCACCAAUACUCCGUGACCAGCCACAGGCGAAGCCUGGCAGGUGGUAACGAUGCCGCCGAGGGUCACGCAGAGCGCCAGCACACCAGCGGUGGUAUCCCAGGUGUCUUCUUCUCCUACGAUAUCUCGCCCAUGAAGGUUGUCAACCGUGAGGAAAAGGCCAAGACUUUCAGCGGUUUCCUUGCUGGACUUUGCGCUAUUGUCGGUGGAACUCUGACUGUGGCUGCUGCUGUUGACCGAGGCCUGUUUGAAGGUGCGGCACGUCUCAAGAAGAUGCGAUCCAAGGACAUGUAAGCGGUGGUAGGAUAUGUCUUGGAAGAAAUAAAUAAGAGAAGAGAAAGCCUGGCUUGGCAGAUUGGUUUUGGCCAAGAUGUCAUUGGUAGAGGCCGGUAUGCCUACCUACCUACUAUGUAGACAUUCGAAAAGUCCACUGCUAUAUGGAUUGGCAGGGUAGACGUUCUGGAUUAGUUGUGAUUUUGAGCAGCAUUGCAAAUGAUAAGAAACUGUGUUUUUGCAUGGGCAUUUAAGUUGUAGCAUAGG